GCUUUGACAUGUGGAAGCCAUGCAGCCUUUCAUCUGUCAAUGGGGGUCUGUUGUUUCUACUUUUACACAUCCACUUUAGUUCAUAUCUCCAACUUCUAGUCUUCGAUCUCAAGAAUUUGAUUAUGGUCAAAGAAGAACAUGACUGAAGUAGACAUCAACAGCAAAGGAAGGCGGUGGUCUCUCAAAGGAAUGACCGCUUUAGUCACCGGUGGAAGCCGAGGCAUAGGAUAUGCAAUUGUAGAAGAACUAGCUGGGUUUGGCGCAGUUGUUCACACUUGCGGCCGUAGCCAAAAAGAACUUGAUCAAUGUCUACAACAAUGGAAAAGCAGGCGUUUUACAGUGACAGGAUCAGUGUGUGACCUGUUUUACCGUGACCAAAGGGAGAAAUUGAUGGAAACUGUCUCCUCUCUCUUCCAGGGAAAGCUCAACAUCCUUGUGAAUAAUGUUGGGACAACUAUCCGUAAAGAAGCUGUGGAAUUCACAGCUGAAGAUUUCUCAACUAUUAUGGUUACAAAUUUUGAGUCUGCUUACCACUUAUGUCAACUUGCACACCCCCUUUUGAAAGCUUCAGGAUAUGGAAGCAUUGUAUUUAAUUCCUCCAUUGCAAGUUCUGUGGCUAUACCUCUUUCAUCUGUUUAUGCAGCAUCUAAAGGAGCAAUGAAUCAGGUUACAAAGAACUUGGCCUGUGAGUGGGCAAAAGAUAACAUUCGUGUUAAUACUGUUGCUCCUGGCUUAAUCAGAACAGUAAGACCGAAAGCCAUGAUGGAAGAUCCUAAGAACAAGAAUGGUUAUGAUGAUAUGAUGUCUCGAACCCCAAUGCACCGCCCGGGAGAACCUGAUGAAGUUUCAUCACUGGUGGCAUUCCUUUGCUUCCCUGCUGCUUCAUAUAUCACAGGGCAGAUUGUCUUUGUUGAUGGAGGAUAUGCUGUGAGUGGUUUCAGCACUUGAAAAGAAUUUCUUCAGCAGUGUUGAUGAUACUAAAAGUCAAUCAAGAGCUUUGAUCUGACUCGUUCUUUCUAAAUAAUGGGCUUCCAUCUUGUAAGGACCUAAGUUAUAUCAUAUGAAUUAUGCGCAAUCUCUUCAUCCAAUUAAAAAAAAUUUUGAAGUCUUUCAAGUCUUCUGACAA